CGGAUUUUGAAUUUCAACUGUUAUCUGAUUAUGUGUUUUGGUUGAUAUUUAACUAGAAAGUUUAUCAAGUUUUUGACCGGUUAAAAAACAAUGGCAGAUGUGUGUGAUAUUUUGGAUAUUGACCGCUCUAAUGGUGGAGAGGUCACAAAAGAAUCUAUUGUCGGUCCGGAGAAAAAGAACAAGAAAUUUGGAGCAACAAAACAUUCUAAGAAACCAGAAGGAAUGGCACGAGAGCUAUUUGCUUUAUUGUAUCAUGACAAAAAUGAUCCACCUCCUCUUUUUCCGUCUGAUACAGGGCAAGGUUACAAGAACAUGAAGGCAAAACUGGGAAUGAAAAGUGUUCGACCUUGGAAAUGGAUGCCGUUCACUAACCCUGGGCGGACGGACAAUGCUAUAUUUCAUCAUUGGAGGAGGGUAUGCGAUGAAGGGAAGGAGUAUCCUUUUGCGAGAUUCAACAAGAAAGUUGAAAUACCUACUUAUACCGAAGUUGAAUAUAGUACUUAUCUUGAGAAAGAAGAUUGGAAUCAAGCUGAGACUGAUCACCUGUUUGAUUUGGCUGGUAGGUUCGACCUAAGGUUUGGUGUUAUGGCUGAUCGCUGGGAUACAACAAGGUUCCGAAAGAGGUCUAUAGAAGACCUGAAGGAGAGGUACUAUGGUAUCGUAACUGCCUUAGCGAAGGUUAAGACUGGUUAUGGCCUUCCCUCAGAGGCCAAGGAGUAUUUCUUUGAUGCAGACCAUGAGAGGAGAAGAAAGGAGCAGCUCGAGAGACUUUUCAGCCGAACUCCGGAACAGGUCGAAGAAGAACAAAUGCUUCAGGCAGAACUGAGGAAAAUAGAAGCAAGAAAGAAGGAGAGAGAUAGAAAGACUCAAGAUCUUCAGAAGUUGAUCACCGCUGCCGACAAUCAGGAAGAACCUAAGAAGACGGAACGAAAGUUUCCAAGAAAGAAAUUUCCCUUCUCAAAGCCAAGAAUGGACAAUUUGUUUGGCGAACUGUCGGGUAUUAAGUUUCCAGAUAUUAAAGGGAGUGGCGUGACAUUAAGGUCUCAAAGGAUGAAAUUCCCGACCACCCUUGGCCAGAAGAAGAUGAAAGCCAUUGAGCAACAACUUACGGAGUUUAAUAUAGAUUUGAAUCCAUUACCGACUGAAGAGAUUUGCCAACACUUCAAUGACUUAAGGAGCGAUGUUUAUCUUCUUUGUGAGCUAAAAGCAGCAAUAUCUACCUGCGAGUUUGAAAUACAGUCGUUACGACAUCAGUAUGAAGCAGUCAAUCCCAAUAAGUGUUUACCAAAGCUUGAGGAGAUAUUUUUGACAGAAACUAAACCUGGAGAUGUUGUGAUAAAGACUGAUACAAUUACCAAUGGAGCGUCUACCUCACAGGCAGUUCGUAACAUGACCAUGUGAAGUAAGAUAUUAUUGAUGAUACUUGGAUCAACU